GAGAGCUGCACAAUCGCCAGUCAUUGUUGAGCAGAUAAUUUCAUAAUCACCAGUCUACCUUGGAGAUACAGAGAGCUGCACAAUUACCAAUCCACCGUUGUGGUCUGACUCCGACCAAUCGACCUUCUCAUCAUCGCGCCGGGACUCAAGCAGGACCUCUGACUGUUAAGGCCAGGCAGAGACGUACUGCAUCAAGGCCGAAGUUUGACGAGAGAAAGUACCAAUCAGCCAUGACGACGACGCUAAACAACGAGCAAGUCGCUGCCCUGAUCGACGCAUUCGUUAAGGAGCAUGUAAGCGUUAUACGGGAAGACAAUUUCGACAAGCGCUUUUACGAAGCAUUGCGAGUUCGUUCUGUAACGAUAGCCGGACCAGGAACAUCAGCUACAGCGGUGUUCGAAUGCAAGAUUCCAACGACAUACUCCAACCAACCCAAGGAUUCACCGAAAAAGACGAUUCAUGGCGGCGCAGUGACAACAUUCUUCGAUAUGACGACCUCUUUAGCGAUUAUUGGGUGCAAUUUUCCGGCGUGGCACAGUACCGGCGCUUCGCGCAAGCUUGAAGUUACUUAUCUCAAACCUCCCGUAGAGGGUGAACUUGUGCUUUUCGAGUGCGAAGUAAUACAGAUCGGAAAGCGUCUCGCCGAGCUUAGGGGGAUAAUGCGGCGCGAAGAAGAUGGGGCCGUGCUGGCAAUCUGCAACCAUCAGAAGUACUUAGCGGACAAACCGCAUUAUGUCAGUAAAUCGAUGACCAAGCUGUAGCUCCGGCGUGCACCAGACGGAGCCCGGAACUAAUAUGUUAUGUUUUGCGGCCACUGCCAUCAUACCAUAGACUAGACUGUGUGAUAGGCUAUAGCGAUGACUUAUAUGCCAUCCAUCGCAUCUCUGGCCCAAAGC